UUACAUCUUGUCCUGGGUGUCUACAGCAUGGCAGCUGUGGCCCAAAUUCAGCUCCUCACACUUCUUCUGCUCGCUGGUCUUCAUCACUUCGGACAACCCUGCGAUGUACCAUUUGUGGAGCGAGUGGUCUUCAGCAGAACUGGCCAAGAGAUCCUUUCACUUCCCUUGCCAGAUAAUAUUUCUUCUGAAGUAUCGACUGUGCUAUGGACAAGGAAAAAACAUGUUGUGGCAAGAAUAAGACUCCACAACAUCACAGUCUCAGGAAACAUGACAAACAUUUUCACAAACGGGGCACUGCAGGUGCACAACUUAACGAAAUAUGACCAUGGAGCUUACAAAGCCGAGGGGCACAAUGACGCGGGAAACUGCAUUUUCCGAGAACACAUUUGGUUGGAGGUGCGAGACCCCGUCUCUCGCCCCACGCUCUCACUGGUCUCCUGUAUACUUGGGCGGGUGGAUCUGAGGUGUGAGGUGGAGGGGGGGGAUAAUGUGUCCUUCAGGUGGGCCAUGCUGGGCCCCGGCCUGAACACCAGUCUUGGGGAGGGCGCUCUGCUGUCUGUGGGGGGUGCAGAUCAGCGGAAGUUCAUCUGUGUGGCCAGCAACGAGGCCAGUACUGAGACCAGCGAUCCCCUGAAGCUGGACUGCCCUGGUGUUAAUGGUGGUUUAUCAGAUGAAUUUCCACCAUAUCAGGACUCCACUGAAACAGAAGACAUUGAAGGUUGCAAAAAUUAUGCAAACUUUCUUCUGCUGUUGCUCUGGGUCUGUGGUGUUCUUCUGGCAGUCUUGUGCGCCAUUUUGUGUGCCAUCUUGAGCAUCACCAACAAGGUCAGAGAGGGACCCAAAAUAGCAUUUCAGCCAGGGGAACUGAAUGCUUCUCCAGUGCAUACAGAAGUGUUUUAUACUCAGAUUCCCAUCAUGGACAGAGACAGGGGUGACCCAGGAGAAGGAUGAGGUUUAACCUAAAAUGUUUAUACUUUCAUCUCAUACUUUCCACUUUUCAUGAUUUGCAUGUGCUAUAGAUACUUAAUUCUGCAUUUCGUUUUAUUUGCAUUUUUCUC